AUGGCUGUCUUACUAAGCAUUUGUGCGUUUAUUUUCGUCUCGCAAAUAACAAAACGGGGCGAAUGCUUUGUUGAGCAAGCUAUCUUUCAUACAAAGGAGCAAACUUACUUAGCGAAUCAUGUCAUUCAAACAAGACAGGCAGAAACCGAACUAGAGUGUAACAUGCAUUGCGUCGCUGAUGGAUCAUGUGCAUCAGUAAAUUAUAAAACGUCUGGAAUCGGUAAAGGUCUGUGUGAGCUCAACAGCAAAACAUUGGAAGAAGUAUUUGACGCUGAUGGAAGUCUCCAUAACCCUGAGUUCAACCAUAUUUAUAUAAUCGAAAAGGUAUGAAAAAUAGAGCAUUAUGCGAUACUGUUGUAUGUAGUUAUACAAAAGGUUGCUUGCGUGUUAGAACAGUGUUGGGUGCUAGUGAUGUUGAGGUUAUAGUGAGGGGCCGAUUACAUGAACCGGGCUUGCGCGCUUGCCGAGGCACUAGCUUGCCGAGGCACUAGUUAUUACAAAGCUAGAUUAUUGUGAUGUUGUAUAUAAUCCUCUUCCUAAAUAUUUAGCUAAAAGGCUCCAGCGUGUACAGUAUGCGGCAGCUGGUUUUGUCGCUUCUAAAUGGAUCAUGCAGUGACGUUAAGGAACUUAUUAAACUAGGCUGGUUACCUUUGGAGAAAAGAAGGGAGUGA